AUGUUUCUAAUUGGGAGCCUCGUUGUCCUCUGUGGGCUGCUGGCCCAGGGCACAGCCCAGCUGGCAGGCCUCAUAAAAAUCACUGAUCCCCAGCUGCUGGAACUUGGCCUUGUGCAGAGCCCUGAUGGCCAUCGUCUCUAUGUCACCAUCCCUCUGGGCUUGAAACUCAAAGUGAAAAUGCCGGUAGUUGGAAGUCUUUUGGAAUUGGCUGUGAAGCUGAACAUCACUGCAGAAGUCUUAGCUGUGAAAGACAAUCAGGGGAGGAUUCAUCUGGUUCUCGGUGACUGCACCCACUCCCCUGGCAGCCUGAAAAUCACCUUACUCAAUGGAGUCACUCCUGUUCAAAGCUUUUUAGACAACCUCACAGGAAUACUGACUAAAGUCCUUCCUGAGCUGAUCCAGGGCAAGGUAUGUCCUCUGGUCAACGGGAUUCUCAGUGGUUUGGAUGUUACCCUGGUGCAUAACAUUGGUGACUUACUGUUCCAUGGACUACAGUUUGUCUUCAAAAUUUAG